AUGUAUAAAUUCUUAAAAUUAAUUGGAAGAGACACAGAAAAAUAUAAAAAGGUCUCAUUCUUUUGUCUGUAGGGUUAAAUAACCAGCUCUAUGACUUAUAAGGUUUAUAAAGCAUUAAAAAAAUUCCAUCCAGAAAACUCUAAGGCAAUUGCUUUGAUAAUCAAUUCAACUGGAGGUAGUCUAGCACAUGCUCAUAUCAUACAAAGAAAAUUUGAUUAAGUUAGAAAAAAGCACAAUAUUCCAUUGUAUACGUUUGCAGAAGACUAUGCAUUAUCAGGAGCAUUUUAUUUAUUGUGUAUGGGAGAUAAAAUAUUUUGUAAUAAGACUUCAAUUGUUGGGGCUGUGGGAACAUAAAUUUAAACCUUAAACAUUCUAAACUUAUUCGAACAUUACAAUUUGGAGGUUCGAACUUUUAAUUCUGGUUCUAAUGAAACAUUUUUAUAAUAAUUAGACCCUUUAAGUAAUAAUACUUCCACGAAUAUAUUGGAAAAUAUUAGUGAAUAAUAAAACCAACAACUCUAAUUAUAAAUCAGUCAGAUGAUUGGAAAUAGGUAAAAUAAAGAAUAAGUUUUAACUGGAUCUAUUUUCAAUGGACAACAGCUAUUUGAGGAUUACAAAUUCAUUGAUGGGAUUGGACAGUAUUUGAAUGUACUUUCGAAUGAGUAUCCAUAAAAUAAGAUAGAGAAUGCCACUUAGAAAACUUAAAGGGAAAAAAUGAUAGAAUUCUUUGAAAGUAAGUUAAAUUGA